AUGAAGCUCUCUAUUGUUGACCAGCUCUUCCUUUUGGGCACCUUUCUCUCGGCCUCAGUUACAGCGACUCCAACCACCUCCUCAACUGUCUCUGUCUCCGUCAAUCCCAAAAUUCAAUUCCAGGAGAUUGACGGCUUUGGAGCUUCGCAAGCCUUUCAACGUGCUGAAGAUAUCUUUGGUAAAUAUGGUCUCCCCAAGGUCAACCAGACCCUUGUUCUCAACCUUCUGUACGACGAGACAAUUGGUGCUGGGUUCACGAUCCUGCGCAAUGGCAUUGGCUCAAGCAACACCUCCGAGAGCAAUUUCAUGAAUUCCAUUGAACCCAUCAGCCCCGGGAGUCCCAGUGCCAAGCCGCACUAUGUUUGGGAUGGUUACAACAGUGGACAAUUCCCGCUGGCGCAGCAGGCCUACGCGCGUGGUCUGCAGACACUGUACGCUGAUGCGUGGUCCGCUCCGGGGUAUAUGAAGACAAACGACGACGAAAACAACGGGGGAUACCUCUGUGGUGUCACGGAUGAGCAUUGCUCAUCUGGCAACUGGAUGCAGGCAUACGCAAACUAUCUGGUUCAGUACGUGCGCUUCUACAAGGAGUCUGGUGUCGAUGUCACACACCUGGGCUUCUUGAACGAACCUCAAUUCGCCGCUACCUAUGCCGGCAUGCUCUCAAAUGGCACUCAGGCUGCUGAUUUCAUCCGUAUUCUGGCCAAGACAAUCAAAGCCUCUAACCUUGAUCUUGAGAUCACCUGCUGUGAUGGUAUUGGAUGGGAUGACCAGGAAGCCAUGAUGCCUGGCCUCGAAGCAGGUCCCGACCCAGCAAUCAACUACCUUAAUGUCGUGACCGGCCACGGAUACGACUCUGCACCCACGUACGCGCUCAGCACCAAGAAGAAGACCUGGUUAACCGAAUGGGCCGAUCUCACUGGUGAUUUCACACCAUACACAUUCUACGAGAACGGUGGACCGGGUGAGGGUUUGACAUGGGCCAACCACAUUCAGGUAGCUCUGAGAGAUGCCGGUACAAGCGCAUUUCUGUACUGGAUCGGAGCUGAGAAUUCGACCACGAAUAGUGCGUUGAUCAACCUAAUCAACACCGAAGUUGUCCCCUCGAAGCGGUUCUGGGCCUUUGCGCAGUUCAGCAAGUUUGUGCGGCCUGGUUCCCACCGCGUUGAGGCCACUAGCUCCCACACCAAUGUUACAGUGAGCUCUUUCGAAAACCAAAGCGGCAAGAUCGCUACACAGUUGCUUAAUCAGCUUGAUGUGGAGGUUGAUGUCAGUGUGCAGAUCUCUGGGGUUAAGGCUGGCAUUGCCGUGCAGCCUUAUAUCACUAACAAUGAGUAUGACCUCGAGGCUUUGGGUCACAUUGAGACUCAAUCUGGCGGUCUUUUCAAGACCCAAAUACCCGCGAGAUCGAUGGUCACCUUCGUUACUGUCUAG